CUCCCUUUUUUGUUGAAUUGUGUUCAUCUUUAAGAAAAUGGGAAGGUUAAUAUGGUUUUCCCAAAUCCUCUGCCUUUCCUUCAUGUUGUUACAGUUUCGAGUCCAAAGCUCCUCACCUUCUCAAUCUUCUCUUGAUUCACUGCUGCAUUUGUGCCGUCCUGAGGAGCGUUCUGCAUUGCUUGAUUUCAAAAGCACUACUAACGUGGUGUUAAACGACGUCAGUCAUGGAUUAGAAACUUGGAACAAGAGCAUAGACUGCUGCUUGUGGGAGGGCAUCACAUGUGACAUGACAAAAGGUCAUGUGAUUGGUCUUGAUCUUAGCCGGCAAAGGAUUGAAGCUGAUCUAACUACAAAUAGUAGUCUUUUUCGCCUUGAGAAAUUGCAGAGCCUCAACCUUGCUGACAACUAUUUUAGCUACCCCAAUCUCUCUUUUGGGUUCCAACGUUGGAAGAGUUUGACAUAUCUUAAUCUUGCAUAUUUAGGAUUUCCGGAUAACUCUCUUCUGUUUAAUGAGGUCUUCUUGCUACCGAAAUUGGUUUCACUUGAUCUCUCUAUAAGUCCUGGUUCUGGUUUUUUUCAUCUUGACAACAUAAGGUUUCAAAUGCUUGUUCAUAACUUAACAGAAUUAAGGUUUCUUAUCCUUAAUUCUGUGAAUAUGUCUCUAGUUGUGCCUUCUUCCUUGCUAAACUUGACUUCCUCCUUGGAAUAUUUGGGCCUUAGAGAUUGUCUUUUGCAAGGAAACUUUCCAAGCCAAGUUUUUCAGCUUCCAUCUCUCCAGCUUAUUGAUUUAAGUUCCAACAAUGAUUUGAGAGGUAACUUGCCCCAGUCAAACUGGAGUAGUCCCUUCAAAUAUUUGUAUCUCUCAGACACAAGCUUCUUAGGAGAGUUGCCUCAUUCAAUCGGAAAUCUUAAAUUCCUAGAGGAAUUGGAUCUUAAUAACUGCCAAUUUUCUGGAUCAAUUCCUAAAUCUCUUGCAAAUCUUACCAAGAUAACUUACUUAGAUUUUGAUUCCAAUCUUUUGCAAGGGUCAAUUCCAGAUGUUUUUGGAAAAUUGCACAAUCUAACUUAUCUGAGCUUUUUUAGUAACUGUUUUAGUGGUGAAAUUCCUACAUCAAUCUUCAACCUCACGAGUCUUUCAUUUUUGUCACUGUCAUCAAAUAAGCUAAGUGGUUCAAUUCCUAGCUUCUUCUUUGAUCUUGUGAAUCUUACUAGUGUCGGCCUUUCUUCAAAUAACUUAACUGGCACCAUUACAGCCACCAUGCUUUCGAAGCUUGUAUACCUUGAGUAUCUUGAUCUUUCCAAUAAUAGUUUACUGUCUUUGAGCAAUAAUGGCACUAGUAUCAACUAUUCCUUUCCGAACCUUCAGUAUUUUUUAUUCUCUUCUUGCAACAUACACAAGUUCCCAAGUUUCUUAAGGAAGGCAGAGAGAUUGCAAGAAUUGGAUAUUUCCAAGAACAAGAUUUCUGGUCAAAUUCACAAAUGGGAAAUAGAAGGGAUGUCAGUGAAAUAUUUAAACCUUGCUUAUAACUUCUUGACUGAUAUAGAUUCAUUCGGUUUUGGAAAUCUUGUAGCUGUUGACCUGAGAUCCAACUUACUACAAGCAUCACUUCCCAUUCUAUCAACCACUUGGGAUUCUAUGAACCAACUCUACAUUUCAGGAAAUAAUUUGAUUGGUGAAAUCCCUUCUUCUUAUUGCAAUUUUACUUCUCUUGGAGUUCUAGUCUUAGCUAAUAAUAGUUUGAGAGGAAAAAUUCCAGAAUGUCUUCGAAACUUGAGGAGCCUCUCCAUCUUGGAUCUGCGGAUGAAUAAGUUCCAUGGUAAGAUUCCAAAUUUAUUUGUCACCAACAGUAAUUUGGAUACCCUUCAUCUAGAUGGCAACCAGCUGGAAGGGAUACUACCCCGAUCCUUGGUUAAUUGCAGUAACUUGGAAAUUCUAGAUGUGGGGAACAACAACUUGAAUGAUACAUUUCCACAUUGGUUAGGUGUUCUUACAGAGCUAAAAGUUCUCAUCCUUCGAGCUAAUCAAUUUCAUGGUGCUAUCAGCAAUUCUAUGCCUGCAUUUUACUUCUCUCAAUUGAGAAUCAUUGAUGUCGCGCAGAAUGAUUUUACGGGUCUCUUACCAAAUUUCUCGAGCAAUCAAUUUCAUGGACCGAUUCCUGAAGAGCUAGGAGAACUCAAUUCACUUUUAAUCCUAAACUUAUCUCAUAAUAGUCUCAAUGGUCAAAUCCCGUCAUCAUUAGGGAAAUUAGCAGAACUCGAGUCAUUAGAUCUCUCAUCGAACAAGCUUGAAGGCAUGAUUCCUGAGCAAUUAACAAAUCUGACAUUCCUAUCAAUUUUGAAUCUUUCACACAAUGAACUUGUGGGCCACAUACCUGAAGGGAAGCAAUUCAAUACUUUCUCAAAUGAUUCCUACAUUGGGAACUUUGGAUUGUGUGGAUUCCCAUUGACAAAGAAAUGCCACGAGGAAGAACCAGGAGCACCUGCAUCACAAUUUGAUGAAGAAGAUGACUCUACAAUAGUCUUUGAGAGGAAGUUUGCAUUGGCAGGCUAUGGGUGUGGACUGGUGUUGGGACUUAGUUUGGGAUACAUUGCCUUCAUUACAGGAAAACCAUGGUGGCUGGUGAAGAAAGUGGAGAAAUAUCAACAGAAAUUACUUGGAAGGUGCAACCGAAGUAAUAAGAAGAGAAAACCUAAAACCCCAACCAACGCUCGUAGGUGAGUAAGUUUCUACAACUCUCUUUAUAAUAUUUGUGUUCUAUCUAAGUUCUAACCAUAAAAAUCAAGGCAUAUUAUAUAAUAGUGAAACUUAAUUUUUCUACUUUUGAUUUAUUUUACAUAGGUGCAAGUAGGUGCAGCUGAUUUCCUACUCCGGGGAGACAUGGCAACCAUUGCUUCUUGAGUUUGUUUCCAUCUUUGUCAUGUUCAUUGUUGAUGUAUAGUUGUGUUUACUUGUGUUGGAAUUAUGGUUAUGUAUGAAUUUGUGUUAAUUCCUUUUGGAUUUCAUCUAUCUACUUUGCACAAAGUUGCUCAUGUAUUUUUUUCUUAGUGUAAUUUGUUUCUUUUGAUGUUAUCUCUUUUUAUUUUCUUUUGUCCUCCUUUGUUUUGGUUGUCUUUGAACAGUGCGUUUUACUGAAAAAAAUGUAAAAAUUCUUU